GAAGCCUGCUGUGUGGGCCUUGAGGCUGGCAUAAAUCCCACAGACCAUCUUAUCACAGCCUACCGGGCUCAUGGCUUCACCUUUACUCGGGGCCUUUCUGUCCGAGAAAUUCUUGCAGAGCUAACAGGACGAAGAGGAGGUUGUGCUAAAGGGAAGGGAGGAUCAAUGCACAUGUAUGCAAAGAACUUCUAUGGGGGCAAUGGCAUUGUUGGAGCUCAGGUGCCCCUGGGAGCUGGAAUUGCUUUGGCCUGCAAGUAUAAUGGAAAAGAUGAAGUCUGUUUGACGUUAUAUGGUGACGGCGCUGCUAACCAGGGUCAGAUAUUUGAAGCUUACAAUAUGGCGGCCCUAUGGAAAUUACCUUGUAUUUUCAUCUGUGAGAAUAACCGCUAUGGAAUGGGAACAUCUGUUGAGAGAGCAGCGGCCAGCACCGAUUACUACAAGAGAGGAGAUUUUAUUCCUGGGCUGAGGGUAGAUGGAAUGGAUAUCUUAUGUGUCCGAGAGGCAACAAAGUUUGCAGCUGCCUAUUGUAGAUCUGGGAAG